UUUAUUAUUUUAACUGCAAAGGUGCAGGUGCACCGAAAUUAGACAAUAUAUAUACAUAUAUAUAAUAACAAUAAUACCUGUGCUAGUUUUUAGUUUUAACGGUAAAAUGGGACAGUGUGGCAUCACGUCAUCAAAAACCGUCUUGGUUUUCCUGAAUCUUAUAUUUUGGGCUGCAGCUGGAAUUUUAUGCUACAUUGGAGCUUAUGUGUUCAUCACAUAUGACGACUACGAUCACUUCUUUGAAGAUGUGUACACUUUGAUUCCUGCUGUUGUAAUCAUAGCUGUCGGGACUCUUCUUUUCAUCAUUGGCUUGAUUGGCUGCUGUGCAACAAUACGUGAAAGCUCCUGUGGCUUGGCAACAUUUGCUGCAAUUCUCCUGUUGGUGUUUGUGACAGAGUGUGUGGUGGUGGUGCUUGGCUACAUAUACAGGGCAAAGGUAGAAGAUGAAGUGAAUCACUCCAUCCAAAAGGUUUACAAUGAGUACAGCGGGACCAACACUGAUGCUCCCAGCCGGGCUAUUGACUAUGUGCAAAAGCAGCUUCACUGCUGUGGUAUUCACAACUACUCUGACUGGAGGAACACCCGCUGGUUUAAAGAGUCCAAGAACAACAGUGUCCCAGUGAGCUGCUGUCAGCCCAGCAUCAGCAACUGUACAGGCACUCUGACUCGACCAGGAGAUCUCUACCAAGAGGGCUGUGAAGCUCUUGUUGUGAAAAAAUUAAAGGAGAUCAUGAUGUAUGUCAUAUGGGCCGCAUUAACCUUUGCAUCUAUACAGAUGCUGGGCAUGCUCUGUGCCUGUGUGGUGCUGUGCAGGAGGGGCCAUGAUCCGGCGUACGAGCUGCUGGUCACAACCAACAGCUACGCAUGAAGGACAGCCAGACAGCACGGCACUCAGAAAAUCAACAGGAGCCUCACCGGACAUGUUCACAGUAGAUUUCAGCUGUAGUUAUAUAAGCUCAAGCACACCUCGCACAACUCAUGAUAAAGUAGCGAACACUGACCAUGUGGUGUGGGUGGGGGGGUGGGGGGGAAACCAGUUAUUUAUUGACAUGCUCUCUAAGCUAUCGUUACUUUAAAUGUUUUUCUUUUGUUACAAUUUUCAAUAUAUAAGCCAAAAUUGUUUUGUGGCUAAUUGACAUAACUGUUGCAGAUGUUUUUUUUUUUCUUUUAAAUGUGGUUUCAUAAGAUUUGUGUUCAUCCCUGGUGAGGGUGAUGAUGAUGAUGACUAACUUGGAGUCUUGUGUGAAAAUAUGGUUGGGAGUGUUACAUGGAAUGUACUGCCUUGUGUGCAAGUUUGCACUAUGAACGGAGUUCUUGAGAUACUUCAUUGAUGUUUAGAUGCAUCAGUUAUGCUAAAGAACAUUAAACAUGUACACUAUUCCUAAAAUCCUGGUUUGACCGGAUUUUUGGAAAAUCUUUUUCAGUACAGAUUUAAGCUUUUCAUCUCAGUUGUUACAAACAUACAGUCAGUGUUUAAAAAAAUAAACUUGAGUGAGAAGAAGAAUAAUGAAGAAAGUCAGUCCUUUUUAUUUGUUUUAUAUGUUUAAUGCAGCUCUGUAUUUCUUGUUUCCCUCAAAGCCAUGAAUGAUAGAGAAUUCCUUAUGUUGACACAUAUUCCCGAUGUGAGUAAUACACAUUUUGUUUUAAAGUGGAUGUUCUCUGAAUCAGGCUUCACUAGUGAGGCAUUGCCAAUAUCCAGUAUAUAUUGUGAAUCAACCUUUUAGUCUCCAGUGCCAUUGGUAGGAUUUAUAACUGACUUUACCUAAAGACUUGUAUGUGUAGAUCCAGUUUGUCAGUAAUUUCAGUUUAGUUUGUUAGAAACCUGAUGCAAAGAACUAUUUACACAUUAUUUUAUAAUUCUUUGUGAAACUGUACACCAUUCUAAUCUUUUUGAACUGCUAAUUUGAUCCCAUAAAUAUUUAGCUAGUGCUGCAGAUGCAAUAUUGUGUUUGACUUGCAGACAGAAGAAAAAUAAACUCAUACAUUUCAACAGGA